AAUAUCGACCAAUUUCAUCUUAACUCAAAUCAGACAAUUAUUGUGCAAUGGAGAGUUAAACUGAGCGACUAUCCCGACCCACCCGGUCUGGGGCAGGGAGCAUCCAUGAUGGAUAGCCUGAUAUGUUGUGAUACCAAUAUCAAGUGCGACAUUGUCCCUACUAAAGAGUGUAGUCAUAUAAUUAUGAAUCAAGUAUCACCUUCCUUGAGAUAGUGACAAUAGACAUGCGAGGGUACGUAGCACGGUCCCGUGAUUAUCCCAAGCCUAAGGUGGUACAUUGCCCCUGACCAGGGUGAUUCUCCUUGAUAAUGUCCACACCAUCCUGUUAGAAAUCAUUGAUACUUCGCAAAUACUUCACUUUACUGCCCUUGACAAGACAAUGACAUCCGCAACCUGUCAUCCAAACAUCGCAACUAGAGACCAUAAAGCGUAUAUGGAAUAUGCCCUGGAAAAGGCCCGUCUGUCCCCUCCCGCGCCUACGAAGUUUUGCGUGGGCGCAGUGUUAGUCGAUGCGGAUCGAAACGAAAUUUUAUCAACCGGCUAUUCAAUGGAACUUCCAGGAGACAGACCCGGAGAUCCUGGCAACACACACGCGGAGCAAUGCUGCCUGAUCAAGAUCGCUGAACGGUACAAGGUGACGGAAGAGGAGUUGGGUACGGUGUUGCCGAAGAACACCAUUCUUUAUACGACCAUGGAGCCAUGUAGCAAGAGGUUAAGCGGUAAUAGAACCUGCACAGAAAGGAUUCUGAGACUUGCGAGUCGAAUCAGGGUUGUGUAUGUGGGAAUCAAGGAACCAGGGGUAUUCAUCGCCGAGAACAUCGGGAGAAGUAUAUUGGAGGAUGCAGGUGUUGAGGUCAAAUAUGUGGAGGGAAUGCAGCAUCGUAUCUUGGAAGUCGCUACUGCGGGGCACAAGAAUUAAGGACCCUGGCUUGUACCCCACCAGCCGAGAUUUGCAACGUCUUUGUUCGUUACUUCACUAUGUUACAGUAACAGGAACCAGCGUUGUCCUCUCCACUUCCAUUGUGAGCUGUAGCAAUCUCUUCCUCAAUACCUAACACAUGUUGGCCUGCUUAUCAUAAACAUUGCGGAACUUUCUUUAUAUCAUAUUCAGCUAAAGCACAACGUCAUUACCUAAGUAAUGGGAGAUACUAGUGACAAUGCUUCUAAUUUUGACUGGGACACUACAGUUGACUCGAACGUCGUGGCGCGUGAGUUUAAUACAGUCGCGAGAUAUACAUAAUACUGACGUUAAUAAGACCUACCAAAAGGAUGCCAUGUUGUAUCCUCCCAGAGCCAUAGAAGCAGCUUCUGGGGCCACACUGGCC